CCAUAGGUAAUGUCAAAUUUGUCUAACAGAUAAAAAAAUAUUUAUUCCGGGAUAAAAAAUGAAAAUCAUACAGAGUUGGUGUCAAAAGCUUAAUUUUAUAAAAUCUCCCAAUAUACAAAGUAGAUUUAUAACCUAUAAACAAGGGCAGGAACCCGUACCAAAUAUUAGAGAAUAUUUCUAUUACAUCGACCAUCAAGGAAUGUUAUUUUUGGAUGAUUCUAAAAUGAAAAAUUUUACUUCAUGUUACAAAGAAAAGAAAUUUUUGGAGUUUUUCUUCAAGAGAGUUAAAUUAAAUACUACUGGAAGAUAUGAAGAUGAGUUUCCUUUUGUGUCAUUAUGUGGAAGGGAGAGAAAUUAUAUUAGAUGUGAUGAUGUCCCAAUAGUUUAUACCCAUUUGAUUAAUAACAGUAGUGGCAUAUAUUUUUUAACAUAUGGUUAUGCUGGAGAUUUACUGAAAACACAAUUUCUACCCGAAAAAAUAUAUAUGUCAAAUACAGGCAGAAUCUAUCAUCCUGCAGAUGAUAAAUAUGGAGGAAUUGGAUUGAUACGAUCGAAACUGGCAAUAGAGCUUAGUAAACAUUUUAAGUUUAACAAUGGGAAUAAUCUAUCACCUACACAUUUUAUCUGGAAUAAUGAAACAUAUGAACUAGACAAGAAUUGGUUUUCUGACAAAAUUGAAAAGUUUAAUGUGAAAAUAAAAACAGAUCCUGAUUAACAAUUCCUAUGUACUUAAAAAAAUAAUAAGAUAGGUCUAGAUAAUUAUUCAUAUUAUGUUGUAUAUUAUUUGUUAGUAAUUUUAUUAAGACAAUAUAAAUU